UCGCCUCGAUGUGUUUUUAGUCAGUGCUCGUGGCCUCCGAGGAUCAGUAUCCUUUUGGCAUCUCGUGAGCGCGGUCGUCUGCCGCUCUCCUUCGCAUAAACACUUUGAAAAAUUAAUACAAUAUUAAACUAGAACGAUUUUACAACGCGUACCGUUUGUUAAGUUUUUAUUGUUCGGCGGACAUUACUAAGAGUACGUGCAAUAAUUGUUAUAACUGUUUUCGUACUUGAACCAAAGUUACUGUGUUGUGAAAAAACCAACUGAAGCUGACAUUUUUGGAUUACCCCUUACUUGGAUAUACAAAUUAAAAUCGUUACAAAAUGGAUUAUAAAAACGAUAUUAAUUCCGACGACGAUUUCGACUGCUCCAAUGGCUAUAGCGACAGCUAUGGCUCCAAUGGACGUACGUCCAAUCCCAAUGGAUUGUCAAAAGCUGAAUUGAGAAAGGUAAAUUGUUGGACCAACAAACCGAUUAUGGAGAAACGUCGCCGGGCUCGCAUUAAUCACUGCCUCAACGAACUGAAGUCCCUGAUCCUGGAGGCCAUGAAAAAAGACCCGGCUCGUCAUACCAAACUGGAGAAGGCCGACAUACUUGAGAUGACGGUGAAGCAUCUGCAGUCGGUGCAGCGCCAGCAGCUGAACAUGGCCAUCCAGUCGGAUCCCGCCGUGGUGCAGAAGUUCCGGACGGGAUUCGUGGAGUGUGCCGAGGAGGUGAACCGCUACGUCAGCCAGAUGGACGGCAUCGACACGGGUGUCCGUCAGCGGCUCAGUGCCCAUCUGAACAACUGUGCCAACAGCCUGGAGCAGAUCGGCUCGAUGAGCAACUUCAGCAACGGCUACCGCGGUGGAUUGUUCCCCUCCACGCCCGCCACGGCGGCUCCCACUCCGCUGUUCCCUUCAUUGCCGCAGGACUUGAACAACAACAGCCGCACGGAGUCCUCUGCUCCGGCCAUCCAAAUGGGCGGCCUCCAACUGAUUCCCUCCCGUCUGCCCUCGGGGGAGUUUGCCCUGAUUAUGCCAAACACCGGAUCCACGGCUCCGCCGCCGGGACCCUUUGCCUGGCCAGGAUCUGCAGCUGGAGUGGCAGCAGGAACAGCCAGCGCCGCUUUGGCCAGCAUCGCCAAUCCCACGCAUCUGAGUGACUACACACAGAGCUUCCGGAUGAGCGCCUUCAGCAAGCCGACCAGCAAUGCCACCAAUCCGACCAACCUCCAGGGAACCCACAUCCAGCCGCUGCCCGUGCAGACACAGCUGCCCUCGAAGACCAACUCGAGCAGUCCGCCCCUGAGCCCCAUCUCCUCGGUCUCCAGCCACUGCGAGGAGUCGCGGACCGCCUCGCCCACCGUCGAUGUGAUGAGCAAGCACAGCUUCGCCGGCGUCUUCUCCACUCCGCCGCCGACCAGUGCGGAGACCUCGUUCAACACCAGCGGAUCGCUCAACCUGAGCGCCGGAAGCCACGACAGCAGCGGAUGCUCCCGAACGCUGGCCCACUUGCAGCAGCAGCAAGUGAGCUCCACCAGCGGAGUUGUGAAGCGGGAGCGGGAGCGGGAGGAGGCGGCCGACUCCAGCGACUGCUCCUUGGACGAGCCCUCGUCCAAGAAGUUCCUCGCCGGCGCCAUCGAAAAGUCCAGCUCUGCCUGGAGGCCCUGGUAGUUCAUCCCGGAUAGAGCCCACCCAUUUAUACGUUACGUUUAUCCAUUGUUAAUUUAUUUCAUUGCAAUUUUUUUCAAAGAUCACCAACUCAAAUGCUUUAGAACCCCCCAUUAAGUUUUCAACCAUUUUCUGUAUGUUUUUGUGUACCACCGUUUCGCUUUCUUCUUUUUAAGUUCAGCUGUGAUUUUGUAUAUUUUUUGUGUAGUUCUCAUUUAAGCAUUUUUAUACGAUAUUAUGUAGUUUAUUAACUCAUUAUGUUCUUCAAUGUUUCUGUCAUUUCCCAUUUGUUUAAUUAACUAAAGGAGUUUCUAUUUAGUUAUGUAGAUGUCAUUGUAAAGCGUUUACCAUUAAGUCUUCACGUUUCUAUUUUAGUGGUUUAUUACAACGAUUGUAUUUUAGUUAUAGGA